AUGCCUGAAGUUCCUUUGCCAUACGAGCCCAAGGGCGAACCAAUCAAAGAGCAGGUGCCUUACAACGGUGCCACCUUCUACACCACCACGUGGAAAGUGCCGGAGAAUGUGCCUUACAAGGGCAAAGUCAUCUACGUUCACGGUUUCUGUGAGCACUCCAACAUCUACACUCAGUUCUUCGAUGAAUUGAGCCAGAAGGGAUUCGAGAUUUUCUUCUUUGACCAGAGAGGAGCCGGUGACACUUCGCCAGGCAAGGAUGCGGGUAAGACCGACGAGUUCCACACUUUUGACGAUUUGGAUUUCAUGAUCAAGAGAAACUUGGACGCCAGAGAGGACAAGAACGAGAAGUUCUUCAUGGGUGGCCACUCCAUGGGUGGUGGUAUUUCUUUGAACUACGCCAUCCACGGUAAGUACAGAGACAACUUCAAGGGUGUCUUCACCUCGGGUCCCUUGGUCACUUUGCACCCAAAGACCAUGCCCAACAUUCUCCUCAGAACGUUCCAGCCAGUGAUCAACCGCCUCUUGCCUGAGUUCAAGAUCGACUCGAAGUUGAGAUACGACUUCAUCACCUCUGACGAGGGCUGGAAGCAGUUCAUUAUGGACCACGAUAAGAAGUUGAUUGGUACGGUGAGGCAAUUCAACGACAUGUUCCUUCGUGGUGAGAGAUUGCUUCAGAAAGAGCACGUCGCCAAGUUCAGCCCCGAUAUCAAGUUGUUGUUGUUGCACGGCAACUCUGAUUUCAUCAACGACAUUGAAGGUUCCAAGGGCUUCAUUGCUUUACUCCCAGAUACCGUGGACAAGGAGUUUGUAGAGGUGGACGGCGCACGCCACUCGCUUUUCGUCGAGAGAAAAGAGUUGUACGAUGAUGUUUUUGACCACGUGUUGAAGUUUUUGGAGAGCAACGCCUAG